UCGGGAAGAAACAAUGAAUACUUUUGUUAUUUUAUUCGCCUGCGUUGUUGUUGCAACUUGCGCGCCAUUUAAAGGGCAAGGAGAAGAAGGACUUGAAGGGCACCAUGAACAUUUCGACUACUAUGCUCCACCACAUUACAGCUUCGAAUAUAAAGUGCACGACGAGCAUAAAGGUGACGUCAAAUCUCAUCAUGAGACUAGGGAAGGCGACAAAGUCAAAGGAUUCUACAUGCUGAAAGAGCCCGACGGCACUGUUAGGGAAGUCCAUUACACCGCCGAUCAUAAAAAUGGUUUCAACGCUGAAGUCAAGAGGGUGGGACAUGCUGUCCACCAAGAAGAACCAGUCCCAGUGCACCACGAAAAAGUAGAAGAAGAACAAGGCCACGAGGAACAUCAUGACUACUACGCCCCACCCCACUACAGCUACGAAUACAAAGUUCACGACGAGCAUACGGGAGACUUCAAAUCUCAACAUGAGACUAGGGAAGGUGACAAAGUCAAAGGAUUCUACAUGCUGAAAGAAGCUGAUGGUACAGUCAGGGAAGUCCAUUACACCGCUGACCACAAAAAUGGUUUCAACGCCGAAGUCAAAAGGGUAGGGCAUGCUGUCCACCAUGUACCUAUGUACCAUCAUCAUUAGUAAAGAAUUUAUGUAAAACAUAUAAUACGACUGUUGUACAUUUGUAAAAUAAA